CUAUAUUCUUUUCAAUAUCAACCAAACCCAAAAUUCUACUUAAAAUUACUCAGUAGAAAAUGGCUUCUAAGAAAACCACCCGCCUUGCUCUCUUUCUUCAUGUAAACAUUCUUUUUUUCUCUCUUGUGAGUGCAUCGCCUAAACCGACGCCAACGCCAACACCAAUGCCGACGCCGAUGCCAACCCCGAGCCUCAGCUCCCAAGACAAGUGCUCUAUUGAUACUCUCAAAUUAGGUGUUUGUGCUAAUGUUCUUGGCAAUUUACUUGGAGUUAAAAUUGGAAAUCCAUCAAAGAAACCUUGUUGUUCUCUCAUUCAAGGUCUUGUUGAUCUUGAUGCUGCUCUUUGUUUAUGCAUUGCCAUUAAUGCAAAUGUUCUUGGAAUCAACCUUAAUGUCCCUGUUUCUCUAAGCCUUCUUCUCAAUGCUUGUGAUAAAAAAGUUCCAUCUGGCUUCCAGUGUCCUAAUUGAACAACCUAGCUAUGCAUUUCUCAUGUAAGGAUAAUAUAUUCCAGUGUGUGGUAAUUAACUCUUUGUUGUUAUGGUUGUGUAAUAAGUGGAAUUGAUCGAGUAUCUUGAAAUAAGUUCCUCUUUGAAUCUCAUAA